UUGAACGCAGAUUCACCCACAUGAGCUCGUCCCCGACCUGAUGAGCGCCGAGCGAACUUCGUGAGCGCCGUCGAGAGAGAGGCUGCACACGCGCUGCGAGAUCACAGAUCAUCACAUUUAGUUUUAACUCUCCCGCACCCCCCACCCCAUCACCCACACAGGCAUCGCAAGCGCCGCUGGGGCAGGAGAAUGGAAUCCGACUCGGAGGGCAAGUCCUCGUACGGGGUGAAGUCAAAGAUGGACGAGAACAGCACCCUGGUCCAACGCCGCUUCCGUAGGGUUGUGACCAAGGACGGCCGGAGCAAUGUCAAGAUCGGGAACGUGGAGGACAGGAGCUCCCUCUACAUGCGCGACAUCUGGACCACGUUUCUGGACAUGAAGUGGCGCUACAAGCUGGCGCUGUUCAGCAUCACCUUCGUCGGCACCUGGUUCGUCUUCGGGAUCUUCUGGUACCUGCUGGCGCUGUCGCACGGCGACCUGGCGGAGUUCAACCCCCCGAGCAACCACACCAAGUGCGUGAUGAACGUGGACACGCUCACCGGCGCGUUCCUCUUUUCGCUCGAGUCGCAGACGACCAUCGGCUACGGCUUCCGCUGCAUCACCGAGGAGUGCCCCCUCGCCAUCAUGCUGCUCAUCGUGCAGCUCGUGCUCACCACCGUCAUGGAGGUGUUCAUCACGGGCACGUUCCUCGCCAAGAUCGCGCGGCCAAAGAAGCGCGCCGAGACCAUCAAGUUCAGCCAGCACGCCGCGAUAUGCAGGCACGACGGCAAGCUGUGCCUCAUGGUGCGCGUGGCCAACAUGCGCAAGAGCAUGCUGCUGGGUUGCCAGGUGACGGGCAAGCUGCUGCAGACGUACGUGACCAAGGAGAAGGAGACGGUCCGGCUCAGCCAGACCAACGUCGACUUCCAGGUGGACACGUCCACCGACACGCCCUUCCUCAUCCUGCCCCUCACCUUCUACCACGUCAUCGACGAACGCAGCCCCCUCUUCGGCCUCACGGCCUCGGGCCUACGCAGCAAGGAGUUUGAGAUCGUCGUCUUCCUCAACGCCACCGUGGAGUCAACGAGCGCCAGCUGCCAGGUGCGCACCUCGUACCUGCCCGACGAGAUUCUCUUCGGGUACGAGUUCGCCCCCGUGGUGUCCCUGUCGCCCAGCGGGAAGUACGUGGCGGACUUCACGCUCUUCGACAAAGUGACGCGCACCUCGGGCAACCUCGAGGCCUUCAAGCCGCCGCCCAAGCUCCCCAAAGCGGAGAAGGAGGAGGAGGAGGAGCAGCACCUGCCCACGUUCGAAGAGGUGACCGCCUCGUCCUGUUACUCGGGCAGCGAGGACCUAUCCGAAGAGAACCGCAUUAACAUGCGCAUCAGCAACGUGUGAUUGCCUGCCGCCGUCGGCCGUCACCGAUUCAUUUUGACGACGUGGACUCCCGCUUGCACUUGCGCCGGAAUAAUGGGCUCAUGUUACAAAACUACGAAUGAUUGUCCGGCUCUGAGAUUUCCGUCAACUGCCAGAAUGCGUGUUUUUUUUUUUUUUUAACGCUUCUACCGAAUGGUAAGAACAAAAAUGUUUUUAAUGGUAACAUUAACCCUUGCACAUUUUAGUCCAAAUGACGCUUGGCCUUGCUGUUUGGCUGUAUGAAUGACGUAGGAGGUAUCAGCCCUGUUUGUGUGAUGCGAAUUCGUGCCCUAUGCAUAUGUGCACCGUGAACAAAAUCUGUAAUUGCACACGAGGGAUACAUUGAUGUUUUACAGCCGUCUAAUUACACUGUUAAAAUGUAAACAAAUUAAUUUACACCUCCUUGGGAAGCCACUCCCCCAUGCCACUUGGGUUGCGGUGGUUGUUUGGCCAUAUUUUACCACUCUGGUAACAGGGACUGGUGAGCGAAGGGAGGGGGAGGGUUGGCCUAGGACGAGUUUAGAUAUCACUGCGCCACUGACGUUAGCCGUGGGCAGAAAUCAAAAUCAGGUCAGCAGAUCCGUAGAGCAGUGUGCAAACCACUACACUACCACCACUACUACUGCCACCAAACCAUACAUCAAAUUGUUAUACAAAUGUACACAAGUGCGACUGAUAAAAUCAAAUGGAUAGUAAUCACAUCAUAUCAAGAGCUUUGGCAUGUAUUAAUUUAAGUGUGUAAUCUCUGAUCUCGGUGAUUUAAAUGAGACGUUAAAUUGUAUCACUAAGAUGCCCACAAUGGUUAUGAAUGGGGAGUGUUCUGAUCAUGGUACAGGUAUCCCUCGAUUUAAAAACGUUGUGUUUGCGAAAUUUCGCGGUAACGCAAUCGACAAAUUAUGGAAAUUUUCGAUGAACGAAAUCGAAUUUCCGCGUUCACGAAAUGUCACUGCGUGCCACGCACGCCGUGAGAUCAUGAAACGAGAAGCCACCCAGAGGAGGCCGCUGCAUCAUCAUCCCACACGCAGUGCAGCAGGAAACUCCUCCAUCACAAUCACCACCCUGGCAGUCAUUCCAACAUGCAGAUGUUUUGGUGCGUGCACUGAAAAGGUCAAUUAUUUCUUUUUUUAGUUUUUAAUUAAUUAUUAUGCAAUCGUUGUAAUAUUUAUGUUCCGUAUUAUUAUUAUUUUUAUUAUUUUUGUAUUGUUAAAAGUGAUGAAGGUGUAUAUUGUUAGGUUAAGAGUUGGAGUAACUUUUCCGAAACACACCCGCUCUCAAUUUCUCUAUAUUAAAUUAAUGGGGGAAAAGCCGAUUCCGGUUUUCACGAAAUUUCGUCUUUCGCGCGGUCUUUUUUCUUCCCAAGACCGGCAUCCCCUUUUGGUAAAUCGAGGGAUACCUGCACGAAUUAUGCAUCAUACAGUGUACACACUCGUCGUGUUCACCACAGGCAAGGGACACGUUUUACGAAGUGUGAGACACCCUCAGCGGGAGGAAAAGGGGCUGCCAAUGGCUGUCAUCUGUGGCCCACUAGUGGCUAAGGGAAGUUGCUGCAAGCAAAAUUGUCCUUUGCUUUUCUUUGGCUCCACUUAGAGAGAGCCCCCGUGAGUCAAUGAAGUGAUUUGGGUCGGUUCCGCAGGUAGUGGGAGCAGCUCUACCAGUGUCGUGCCUCGAGCAGACACCCGCGUCUAAUUUCUGUCGAUGUCAGAGUCGGACUUGCUGUUUAUUUUCACGUGUCGCCCAGGUGACUCGCGAUCACAUUCGUUUUUAAUUUCCUCGAACGAUGUUCUCUCUAUCAAACGUGCUACGCUUUUAAACAAAAUUAGUUUUUAGCAACCUUUUAAAUUAUAAUUGUUUUUUUAAACUAUCAAUAAACGCUACAACGGUAGGUGUUUGUAAUGUGGAGAUUCAAAGUUUGACGUAAAUCCUUGUUAGCAUUUUGCGCCCUCGAUGGUACCAUGGGCUAGGCCAGGAGUUCAAGGACAAUGUAAGAGAGUGCCAUUGUGUGAGGCUGACCGCUUGCCAGUAUCCGUAGGGCAAUUGGCCUCUCUAAACCAAUGAGUCACAUCUGCGGUUAUAAAUACGGUGCGGUGAACACGCCUGCAUUGCUCAAUGCUGGACCUCUACACGCCUCUGCUCACCUGUCCCUGUGUAGGAUGAUUGGUGAUGUGCCUUCUUCACGCGAGUGUCCACUUGCAGGUGCUGAAACAGCACGCGGUGCCUGGUAGCGAUGAACUUCGUAGAGGCGACGCGAAAUAUACUUCUCAAUUCUGGUUAAAUUUCGAUUUAAAGCUUUCGUGACUGCAAGGAUUCAUCUGGUUAAAUUGUUAUUUGUUUUAUUGUCGGGAGUUUUUCCCACCCCCCCCCCCUCCGAACUGAUGACACAAGCACAAAUCUGUGGUUAAUCACUCAAUGAUUCGAUGACUAAUCAGCGAUGUUUCGUGAUUAGUUGAGAGAAGGGGUCAAUCAUUGAUUCGGUGUUUUGCUGUUUUCUUGCGUGUGUUUUGUUACGGGCAGAGUGUCAGGGACGUGACUAUCUCUCUCAGAGUUGGCAAAUCGCGCCAUUCCAACACCCCCCCCCCCCCCCUAUCACAGCUGAGUCAUGUCUUUACAACGUAACACAAUCGAAUCUCAACCGCAGUGAUGUGUUUGUAGACCGUAAUGCCGCAACUACGUCCGUGAUUUUAACUUUGCGUUCAAAAUCUGCGUUGAGAUCAAAACCACAGGAAUCCGUGACGAUCUCCUUUAACAUUUCCACGACUGAAAAUCGUUACAGCAAAGUGUUUUUUUUUAUUUCGUCUAAAUUGUGGCUUUAAAUAAUGUUGGCCACUUUGCAGCGGAUGUGAAGUCGAACUUGUACAGAGCCACGGUGCGAUGUGAGCUGCAAAGAGCUUUGGCACAGUGUUAGGCGCAUAGCACCUAUGUGCGCAGAGUGGUGGUGCCAUGGGCUCUCAUGUGUGUGCACGUGUGGAUAUACCGGGGAACGGUAGUGUAGUGGUUAGCAACGCUAUGCCAUGCCGGCGACUAGAGUUUGAUUCCCGCUCACGGCCAACACCAGUGAUGAUUAUCUGAACCGGUCCUGGGGCCUCAAAUGAGUAGCUGGUGCGGUGUGUAAACAUCGCCACUGGGGAGACAAAGGCGGCCGGGCGUGGUGCUGGCCACCCACCCCGUCGUGUGCCGUGCCGGCCUUCACAGGUACUGGCUAACAGCACUUGCCCCAACAGUCUGUUAAGGCUAUUCGGGGGAACUUUGUCUCCAUACCCAGUGCUUAAUUUCAGCCGGAACAACUCUAGAACCGCGUCUAUGUCAUCAUUUUUUGGACACGGCACAUCCAUCUCGCCUUAUUUUGUUCUUAUGAUGCAGUUUAUUAUCGUGUUCAUAGAAUUGCAGGAAUAUAUAUUGCUGUAACGAUAAUAUAGGAUUCUUAUAAAUAUACGUACUUUGCACUCUCGUGGUAGUGCCUUAUCACACCGAUAACCCCUACUCCAAGCCAAGCCUGGCAGUGCUGUGCAAAAUAUCGAGUGAGAAAUUGAGCCCUGGGUGUAUGGGACUGCUCGAUACAAUAGGUUUGUACAUGUGUGUGUGUGUGUGAUGUGUAGUAGCGUACAUUUUAUACACGCCAAUAUACGGAGUGCGUUAGUGCCAUCGGAUGUGUGGUGCCAAGUGUAUGAAGGCAUUAGGGUUUGUAUCCAUCACCCUACGCAAUUUAUGGAUGUUAAUGUGUAAUGCAUUGACCGUUGGGACUGCAGGCGAUGCUGAGUCUGUGCUUGGUGCUUGAACAGACACGACUGCAAGUCGCCGAGAAUGAGAGCAAGUGUUGAGCAAGUGGUAUUGCUUCAGGAUUUCUAAAUAAUUACUGUCGUGCUUGAUAUGAAGGAGGUAUAUGGGAAAAGCAGCAGGUUUGGGAGGCUGUUACAUUGGAUGAACAUUCAAUAGGCCAUGAGCACAGACCAGAUAUUAUUUUACUUUUCAGUACCACCUCAGAUGGUACAACUUUUCGCGUUUCUGAUUUAUUUGCGGUCAAAAACUUGGGUUGCCACAUGUCCAGGUAGAACCUGAACAGGUGGCACUUCAAGUGACAAAUGGCAAGAUCCGUAUUGGUUGGCUUUGACCUGGAGAGUCUUGAGAUCGGGUGCCGGUUUUGUGUUGUGGUCAACUUCAUUACAGGACACUGUAGAGUUUUGAUAAGAUCUAGUUGCUGAGUGACAAAAUAUGUUUCCAUUUGUUUUACUACAGUUUGGAAAAGGUGGUAACCUUAAAAGGUGGUAACCUUAUCCACAAACAGUGAAUUACAUGGCAAUUGUUAUAAAUUAAGUGGCUUAUUAGAUGUAUUUAUUCGUAUUAGCCACAUAGAUAAAAAAAAUUGCGACGAAAGAUUUGCUACCUUGGUACCAAUUCCUGCUCUGGUUCAUAGACUAUAAUUCGCUAAAUGAAAACCAGUGUAAAAAAUGGCUUGCUUAUAACAAAAAACAUCUCGGUAAUUUCCCACUAUAAUUCGCUAUAAAUGAAAACCAGUGUAAAAAAUGGCUUGCUUAUAACAAAAAACAUCUCGGUAAUUUCCCACUAUAAUUCGCUAUAAAUGAAAACCAGUGUAAAAAAUGGCUUGCUUAUAACAAAAAACAUCUCGGUUUUUUUCCCACUAUAAUUCGCUAAAUGAAAACCAGUGCUAAAAAAUGGCUUGCUUAUGACAAAAAACAUCACAGUAAUUUCCCACUAUAAUUCGCUAAAUGAAAACCAGUGCUAAAAAAUGGCUUGCUUAUGACAAAAACCAUCACGGUAAUUUCCCAUGGUGCAUUCAGGGAGCAUCGAUUGUGCACUCGAGGCGCGCACCGUGUUACGCGAGCGGUCAAAGACGGUGGUUGUGGUUGCUCCGAAUAACAUGGCAACGGAGACUUGGGAAGGGUCGACUUUACCUUUCAUCUCCCCCCCCCCCCCGAAAUAAAUUGGCCAAUUAAAAAAAAGCACAACCCUUUUAAAAUAAGAAGGCUUCUCCUUAGAAAACAAAUAAAACAUAUUUUAAUUAUUAUUAUUAAUAAAUGGCCAUAUUGCAUUGUUGCAACAUUGCUGUAUAAUUGAAGUAAUAAGGAACGUAUGGUAUUUUAAUAUUGCUGGGUGCUUGCUUAUGCAUAUAUUUAAUAUUUUAUUUGGAUUUGAUAAACGUGCACAAUUUAUCCAAAUCUCGGAUUAAAUUGGGGCUUACUAAUGCACAUUUUCAAAGGGAAGUGAAUAUUAAAUUAGCUAGAAAUUUAUUGUGCAAAUGUGCACACUGUCAAGACUUGGAAAGCCUAAAAACUGGGAAUGAAUGAACGUUAAUACUUAGAGCACAAGUAUCAGCACAAGUAUCGUCUUCACGUUUGGAGUGUUUUAAUUAAAAUCAAUUAAUUAUCUUGACUCUUACAGACUGCAUCAUCCUUUGUGAUCGAAACACUGAGGAUGGACUAUUUCUAGACUGUGUUUACCUGCCCAUCGUUUGACUGUAACCAUUGCAACCCAAACCUUUAAUUAUAAUUCGGGCAUCAUUGAAUUGUUGAGAGGCCCUCAAAAUGACUCUUACUAGACUCCAUCGUUCCUAAUGUUGACCAUAGCUCUCAACCUAGCGUCGUACGGAAAAACAACGUCUCUAACUCACGCUUGAACUGCCAAGGUAAAACUCCUUUUGGGAACCAUUAGUCUAUUUGUGAUUUUAAUAUAGGUCUAUAUAUUUGUUAUAACUUUUUUUUUAUAAUUCAUAGUACUCCUACACAGCCAAAUUAAUUCCAAAGUGGGACAUCUAUACGAUGACACACAAUUAAAAAAUCUUCAUAACAGGGCUACAAACAAACGAACAUAUCUUCCUAAUAUAUCAAGUAAACAUUUUAAUUAUAAUUUAAUAUAUUAGCUCUAACUUGAUAUUGAACAACUUGCAAUGUGUAUUUUAGAAUUGUUAUUUACUUAUUUUUACCCAGGUGCCUUGAUGUCAGAAGGAAAUAUUACACGCUUUGAACGCCGAAGUCACUGUACGUUGUUGUUGUUGUUGUUUAAGGGUGCCUGUGUUUGGGUAAAUCUUGAAUGUAACUGUCGUUGGUAAAAAAAAAAGAAAAAUUCGUACGAUGUGUCGUCGAAAUCCACGAACCUUUUUGUAAAAAAAAAUAUCUAAUUCGUUUUGGUUUGUUAUCGAUAAGCGCCGGAAUACUGUACGCAAAGGGGAAUGAAGAAACGUUUAGGAAUGAAUAUUACUGGGUUUGGUGCUGCCUUUUUCUCAAAGUCCACUACGUCACUUCAAAUAAAUGCCUACAGUUCGCGAAACCACACACACACGCGCGCGCACGCACCUAUACCAACCAGAUCCACUUCUGCCCUCUUUGUAUGGCUACGAGAAUUGACAAUUGCAUGUCAAAGGGUAAUUUGACAGCCACUUAAGCGCGCCGUGUUUCUGCGUGUUCCCCAUUUCUUCUCUCAAGCUUUAGCGACGCGCUCCUGUGAGCAUCUUCCGCUCGGAACACAAGCGGCUGCAGACGCACAUGAGCUGGGAUUAACGGCAUCACAUCUACCAUAAUAGCAAUCAAAUGAUCGUUAUUAUGAAGGAGUAUUUCUCCCCAAGAUGGAGUUACGCACCACUGUUCUCUCUGAGUGAGGGGCUAAAGUUCAGACUGACUCCUGAGUGUGACCCCUUCCCCCACUCCAAACCAGUGUGUCUGCUCCAGCGGUCCAACUUUCUUGUUGUUAUUGUUGUUAUAGCUGCCACCAACUCACCCAGCCCCCCGAGGGUUUCGAUGUGCUUAUAUCAACCGAGACAGGGUGGUGGCCACUGGCACGCUUUUUAACCGGGUCCUCCACUCCUGAGUGAUCGGUUGAACGCAACUCCGUCGCAUGGAACUCAAUCGCUCAUGCGCAGACAGCUCUGCGACCGGUUGCGAGCAGUUGUGACAACCGGUUGCGAGCAGUUGCGCGAUCGGUAGCUCACAUUAGAGACAGGGGGGACCGUGCCUUCUAUGAUUUGGCUGUUGCUGUGCUGAAUACACAGUUUCAUUUCCUUGCGAUAAUACUAAUAAGUCCGAUUCGUAGCGUCGUGCCGAAUUCGUGCGGCGAGGCAAAAAACGUCGUGGUUACCCGCCCUGAUGUGCACGAAGCAGUUGCAACGGAGAUUUAUGUUGUGAAAUGUCAGGAGAGAUUUGGGUUCCAACUGGUCGCUCGGGUGUGGUCCCGACAUUAUGGUUUUCAGAACCCACCAACAACACCCACUGACACGUGGCUCCAAGACACCACUAACAUGUUGCUGUUCUAGAAAGUGUACUGCACGUUGAUAUAUAUUUUUUAAAUAAGUCAUCCCAUGGUCAGCAGUAGUUACGGUUUGGUAGUGGUUGUCUCGGUUGUAAGGAUGCAAUUUCCACAUGUUUAUGGCCAGGACUACUUUGUCUGUAAGACAACCUUGCAUAGUAUUCUUACCCAGCAGUACAUGUUUCACUACGUGGUGUUUACUUUAUUAACCGCUGAAGUUUGGUGAUGAGUCAACCCUUAUUGGAAUUUGAACUCCAAAACAUAUGAGCAUAUUGCUCAAAUAUUUGCCGACGACUGCCAGACUUAAGGCCCACUUGCAGGCCAGGUGCUAAGUGUAAGUUGCCUUGUGCCAUACAGAGGCGUCUGACAUGGGUGGGGGGAGGGGGGGUAACCUUCAAAAUGUUUGAGAUUAGAUGCGAGUCGCUUAGUGCUCUGAAAUGCCUCGGCAUAAAGGGCACCCUCAUCAAAGUCAAAUCUUGUUAAGGACUUUGACAUUGCAGCCAUAGUCACCCCACUGCCGAAUGAAGGCCUCAAGCCACCGCCAUGGCCACCGCCACCUCUGUGCUGAGAUAAUCCCCCGCGCACACCUUCACGCAAACCACAUUUAAUCGCCCCCAUAUCCUCAAUGGAUGUCCUGUCGGACGCGUCCCGUGUCUAAUGCCGCCACUCUGCACAGAGUCAAAUUAGUGGAGUUCCUUUUACAUAAUUCUCCUCGAUAUCACUCCAGUGCCUACCGCAGUCAAGCGAGCCGUUUUUCCAAAUCACACAACUAAGACCGUCCUUUGCUAGAGCCCAAUUCUUCUCGCACUACAGUGAUCACCUUGACCCAAAAUGCCUUUGGGACAAUUGCAUCGUCCUGCAGUGAGCGGUUAUCCUUGUUUGAUGUAUCGGCCACACAUUUUUAUGGAACCUGGAACGCUGUGUUCAUGCAGUGGGUCCGUUACAACGGAAUCUUGACCAUUGCGGCCCUUGCAGAUACAUUUUGAAUGUUAAACACGAUCUGCUGUCUAUAUUUCUAGUCCUUACACAGUUUCCAUCAACUACAUUGUCUAGCCUACAGGUUAUUGCAGCAGCUAUAUUUUAACGCUGCAAUGUGACAUUUAAGGAGUAAAUUCUGCUCCCUCUUGUGGAGGGCCUUUCUACCAGCCGUGGUUCGAGUGGGUGCUGCAGUGGCGAGAUGGUAACUACCUCGCCUGGUAUACAGGAGGUUGUCGGUUCGAUCCUGACCCUGACGACGCCUGUGGAGUUUGCAUGUUCUGCUCGUGGUCGCGUCGAUUUUUCCAUGUGAUAAGCCACUUCGUUGAGCUAUCAUUUGUGGCCAGGUCACUUUUGAAAAAUAGCAAUAUAGCUCGGCGGGCUUUACCUGGUAAAAAAACGAAAUCGUUUAGUUGAGAGUGAGCAAUUGCAGGGCUGCGUCUACUCUGCGGCGUCAUUCAGGUUUGACUUCUGCGUUCCACAUUUAAUCUAUGAAUCUGUAGGAUAGCAAUUUAUUUUUUAACGUCCAUCAACAAUCGUAAAAAAUUUGAACAAAAAUGCUCUUUCUGUCGCCACGUGAACUUUCGUACAACAACCAAGCUCGCGGGAUUGUCCGUCUGUUUUGGCGUGUCACGUGAUGUCGAUAUGGGGCUUCUGAUCGGCUGCAGCUGGAGCGGUGCCUCGAUCCACAAACCCAAAAUGUGCACGUAUGCUUGCGACACGGAACCAGAAUGUAUUUAUCCUGGAGAAAUCCCAUGAGCUAUGAAGUUAUUUUUCACAGAUGUCCAGUAAAGGGGGUGGGGGGGUCAGAAAGUUACAACAAACAUGCAUUGCAUCGCGCCCGCAAUUUAAUCCGUACCUGCCACAUACGUUCGCACGGCACCGGCAGCCAUCGAGAGGUGACGCACUUGACGAUGGUAGAUGAGAGGAUCAAUGCAUGGCAACCUCGAAUCGUGACAAUUCAAUGAAUUAUCAAGGGGUGUGGGUGAAGAACAGUUAUAUGGGUAAUUGCCUCCCCUCACCUGUACAAGGCUCCAAGUUUUACAUACAGGGAGGCAGAGGGAAAUAGAGGGGGGGGGGACAUAGAGGAAUAGUAAGCUGAGCCGUGAUAUGUUGUUAUUCAAACACAAUGCUUCUAAGAGAGUAUUCCUCGCUACACCCCAUGCCGGCAUCUCGCGUCUGUCUGUCUCUUAUUUCAGCAUCGCGUGUGUGAAGCAAACGUAAGAGGUUCGAUUGCGAAGUGAUUUGGCCAUUCAAUCGCCUUGUCUGAGAGUCGGUGAAUUACAGAUACAACCAACCCACCCACCCUAACACAUUUGUAUUGGGGGGGCAGCGUGAAAUGUUGGGGUCCGUGGUUCAGUGUCCCUGACCGCAGUCGGCACACAGGAGAGGCAGCAGCAGCAGCGUAACGAGCAGUGCUGGCCAAAGCUCCGAGUUGGGGCCCCUUGACAACCCCCAUUAGACAUGUUAAAUGUUCGAGACCGCGAGCGUGAUGAUGUGAUUGUGCGAGAGGAACCGCGCUAUAUAAUCGCGACCAUUCGAGACAAAUUAAAUAGAUGGGGACCCUGCCUGACUAAUGUCCGUGCUCCCAGAGCUGAUAGUGUAGUUGACUCCGCCACUGAGAGGGAGUCUCUGGGAUUCUCCACUUUGCCCAUCAGGUGUCCGCAUCCUCCGCGGUUUGUGCGGGAUCCGGUGAAGGCGCUCGACUUUGUUUCCGUGGCGAUGGAAGCCGAGCAGCGUGGUGGUUGGCUCGCUGAUGAGCUGAGCUGUGUGUGUGUGCGCGUUGUUGAACUUCUGUCGCACCGUACGUAGGCAAAGGUGCUGAUGGGAGGGGGGCGGGAGAAGGACAACAAACUAAACGCAAAAGCAGUUCUAAAGAAAUCCGGGUUUUUUUUUCAAUCUAGAUGUUUUCAAAGUGCGGUGGAUUCCUCUUGUCGGAAGGAAAAGAGCGUUCCAGACGGCCGCAAAAGCGCGCGAUGCGUUGACCGCCGUCUUUGUUCGGCGGGGUUGCGGACGCAGGGCAGUUGCGAUGUUUGGGGCUCGCCCACCAGGUGUGUUCGUUGGACACUUUGCCAAGAAUCACCGCGAACCUGGUCCGUGCCGCUUCGAUGCUGACACUCGCGCCACGACGCAGUCGCCCGGGUCUUCUCGACGUUUGCACGCUUCGCAUAAAAAAGGCCCCACGUCGCUGGAGGGAGAUUGGCAGUGGCAUUUACGAAGGCCACUGCCAUGUGCCCUGCCCAAAUUUCUACGCCGAAUAAGUGCUGCUAGGAGGGACUGGCUGACAGGAGGGCUGAUGGAUAGGCAGCCGUGCAAAAUGGCACUAUACCUCCGGUAUGAGCUCACGAGGCGACGAUUGGUUAAGGUCAUUGGGGCUUUGUUGCCAGUAGCAAUGCAACCUACGUUCCACUAACUGUGAUGGACUAGAGUAUUUGCAUGGGACGUUGGGAGUCAAAUGUGAGAAUUAAGAGAUUGUGUGACUACUGACGUGCAAGCCCAUCAUGUAAGAAUGUGCUGUUGGGACGUGUUUCUACCUUGCUGCUAGUAGGGUAAGGUGCACAAACAUAAACGACUUGAGAAUGUCUGCAGAAAAUAAAUUGACAGAAUUUGGGUAACGCUAAGCUAAGAAGAGGCUAUACUGUACUGAAAAAGUGUUAUCGUUCAUUAAGGGGGGUUCUUGUUAAAAUCAAAGCCACGUUGAUUGCAAACACUGAAUUCGCUUACUUUGGUUUGCACUGAUGAAUGUAACAUUUGAAGUGGGGGGCUGUCGCUUGAUUUGGUGCAACAGACACGCGUUAUUAACUUUAACAGGUACUGAAAAAUCCGCAUUUCUGUGAACCACAGUCAAAACUUUAAUCUCCCUCCCCUAAAACAUCCAGGUAGAUUAUGUUACAAAAUCAAGUUGAAGCUCUCUAUAAGAUUUCUAGUCAACUUUCCUAUCGGGCUGUGUAAUAAGGUGACAAUAACAGUAAUAUAAAACGUGAGUAGGUGUGAAGCAAACUGCUGCUUGUGUGACUCGUCAUGGAGAUUGAAUGCCGUCCAGCAGUGGAUAGAUGAUGGUAGAUUAUGAUUGCUGCUGCUGCUGAUGAUGAAGCCAUCUUUUAAAAGUCAAUAAUUGCUGAGCACUGUAAUCUCUUAAACCAUCACAAAAGUAUUUGUCAUCGUUUAAGAUCCGUCCCAGACAAACGUCAUGUUUUUACAUAUACUGUGCGUACGUUGGAUAUAAUAACCUGUACACUGUAUACAAAAUCCAAGCCCUGAUAUUUUUUUUACUGAAAUGUAAAAUUAGCUUUACUAAUGUUAUUUUAAAGUUUCCGUAAUUGAUAAAAAAAAAACUGAACGUGGUCAGUGUUUUUUUUUUAAAUAAUUGUAUAAUUAUAAUAAUGUGUUCACGAAAUUGUAAAUCUUUUAACAUUUUAUUUUCCGAAUGGUAAACAAAUAGGUUGUUAACUUGUGUUGCACAGACGUAUUGAUAUAGUAGGCAUACAAUUGCACUUUAGAUAUACAAAGCGAGAUCGUUGUGUUUAUUUGAAUUGUGAUUUUACUCAAGACUAUUGCAAUAAUGUUAAUAAAACUCUAUUUACUCUUA